GGCAGCCCCCUCGCCGACGUUGGAUUCUAAGGUUGCGCGCUGAGGUCGGGGGAUGUUCGAGCAGCACGUCACGCAGGCCGGAUGGAAGAUGGCGGCUCCGGGGGAAUAUUUCAGUGUCGGCUCCCAGGUCUCAUGCCGGACCUGCCAGGAAACGCGGCCAGGAGAGGUGGUGGCCUUCGACUACCAGAGCAAGAUGCUGGCGCUCAAGUGUCCCUCAACUAGUGGGAAACCCAACCAUGCCGACAUCCUCCUGCUUAACCUGCAGUAUGUAUCAGAUGUAGAAGUGCUGAACGAUCGCACGCAGACUCCUCCCCCUCUAGCGUCCCUCAACAUUGGCAAGUUGGCAAGCAGAGCUCGAUCGGAGAAGGAAGAGAAAAUGAGCCAGGCUUAUGCCAUCAGUGCUGGAGUUUCUGUAGAUGGACAGCAGUUAUUCCAGACCAUUCAUAAGACGAUAAAGGACUGUAAAUGGCAAGAAAAAAAUAUAAUAGUUAUGGAGGAGGUAGUUAUAUCUCCCCCAUACCAGGUGGAAAAUUGCAAAGGAAAAGAGGGUAGCGCUCUAAGUCAUGUUCGCAAAAUAGUUGACAAACACUUUAGAGAUAUGGAAACUCAGAAAGGUGGGCCACGAAACCCAAUCCAGCUGUCACAGAAAGAGACCAGUACGUCCUCCUGAGCCCUCAACUUCAUCAGCCUCGCUGCCCCUGAGCUGCCCUGCUCUUCACCCUGCUGUGUUCGGGGGUCCCUGAGAAGAGCCGAAGACGGAAAGGGGUUGAUGACAUAGGGAUGGGGCAAGCAGGGGGCUGGCUUGGGGUGGGAAUGGGUAGCUUUUAUUUUUCGGACUAGUCUCUCUCAACCCUUUCUUGCAUCAGCCAUCAUGUGUAAAUGGUUAUGUAUGGAAGGGGUUGAGGGGAUCCUGAGCGAUAGAAGAUCCCUUGGGCGCCAAUGAUUUUUUUCUUUCCUUUUUUUUUUUUUUUUUUUUUGCCUGACUGGCUCCAAUUCCAGAUUUUUCCUGGCAUUGCAUUUCUUCCUCCAACAGAUUUUUUUUCUCCCCCUUUCCUUGUCUUUUUUUUAUUUGUGUAAAAGUUUUGUUUCUCUUCUCUCUCCUGUUGUUGGAGGAAAUUGCCAACCCUUUCUCAGGCAGUGGGACAGGGUGGUGCGUGGCAUGUCACCCUCUGACUGGGAAUAGGUUAUAAAAUUGCCUGUAAAAAGGAACAAAAACAAACUUGAAAAAACAAACAAAAAAACAAACAAAAAUAAACUAAAAAAAAAAA